CAGCAUCAAUUUUCCGGAUUGAUUGCUCACUGAAGGAUGUCCACCAAAGCUAACUUUAGAAUGCGAGCGGACUUUAUGACUGUGGAUCAAUGCCUGGAGGGUGUAACUGAUCCAUUUAUUCGAUCAUCUGUCCAUCAUGCACAGCAGAAGAUGGACAGCAUCAUAGAGGAGGCAUUGAAGAACACAGUGAAAUUACCCUUUGAUUACCAGUCUGUGGCAAUCCACAAUGACCAGGCAAAAAAGAAAAAUGGGACACAAGAUGACAUGAAGGCCCUCCAACUUCCCCCAAUCAGCCCUGGCCAGAAAAUCGUCCUAAACCACCCUGGGGGAGCAGCCAUUGAAGAUAAAAACGGUGUUCUCCUGGCGAUAAGGUUGCCAGCUGUAUUUGAACAAAUCCAUGAUCAUAUCGUCCAAGCAGGUCAUGACCUCAGCCACGAGUACAAGUACCCCUGGCCCAAAUUCUGCACAAAGUUCAAGCACACCCCCCACGACCUGUUCAAGUCAGGUCAACUGCAUUAUGCCUACUGGCAUGCACUAGGACUAACACACUUGCACCCUGUCAUAAGCUUUGAUGCCCAGAGGCAGGUUGAGACCCACAAGAAAUUCCAGAAACGCUGCGAUGCAUUCUAUCAUAUACUAAACAUGUACACGGAGCGGCUCGCUCCCAACUUCGCACGACGCAGCCGUGAAGUUUGGAACAAGAUCCGGAGAAAGCAUGACCGAAGAAAGGGGUACCUUAGUGAGGUCAAGUCCCAUUUCUUCAGACAAGCCAUUUGGUUCAACGCAGACACUGAAUUCCACCAUGAUUCAGCAUCAUGCUGGUGUGGAUUCGAUGCCGUGGCAGGAUUUGGAAGAUAUGAGGGUGGUCUGUGGGAAUUCCCUGACCUGGGAUAUGCACUACCUUCUAACCCUGGUGACCUCCUUUUCCUUCGAGGUGCAGGAAUUAUGCAUGAUGCAACCUCAUGGGAAGGGCAAGGGAGGAUGGUCUUUGCCUUGUUUUCCGACCGGCGUGUUUUUACACAUGAACGCAUCCCUAGACCUAGGGACAUAGGAAGGCCCUACCAGAAGCAUCAGUAUAGGAAGUUCAGGCAAAUGCAUCCCCGCUCACAGCCUGAACCCUCCUUACAAACAUCCAAAAAAAGGAAGUGUACAGACAGCAACGAAGCCUCAAGGAAGAGAAGGGUGGUGUCGUCAUGA